UCGUGCAGCAUCACUUACUACUUGCUCAAAACCCCUGAGGUAAGGGUUCCGCCCCUGCUUUACAGAUGAGGGUCCUGAGGCACGUAGGAAGCGUUACUGUGGGCGCUCCUGCUGUGAGUCGGUGUUUUAGUGACGCACACCCGCACCCGGCAGAGGCGAGCCCUUCUCCCCGCAGCGCUCCGCGCGCAGGCUCCGGCGGUCCGCGCCCUCGGCCGGAAGGGAACGCGCCCGCAGAGAGCACCCGGGGCGUCCUGAGGGUGCUCCUUCCUCACGCUGUGGCAGAGAUGCUUCGGUCCCGUGGCCCCAGGUGGGGUGGCCCACUUCCGUCCCGGUGUGGGCGGCUGUGGAUGUCGGUGACACGGGCCGGCAUCCCUUCCGGGCUGCACCUCCGGGCGCUCUCCGGCCCUGACUCGCGCGCAUGCGCAGAGGCCCGCAGCGCAGGCGGAGCCGUUUCUCGGGAGGGCGCGUGGAGGGCGAAGCCGCGGCUAAUCCUGAGGAAACGCUCGCGGUGGCGGGUGCGUGAAGCAGCAAAGCCCGUGCCCGCCGCGGCUCGCGGAGACCCCGCCGGCCCCUCGUGCCCCGCAGCCAACUGCGGCAGUCGCCCGCCAGUGUCGCCCCGCCAGUGCGGGCCCGCGCCUCGCGAAGCCCGCGCAGUCGCAGCUCUCCGGAACAAGAUCCCAUCUAGUCCACUAGAAAGCAUCAAGGUAGAAAAUAACAAGCCAUAAAUGAACAUGUCCAAUUCGGGGCCAAAGACUGACAGGCCACUAAUGCAAAGUUCUCAGACAAAACCCAGCGCCAACAAAAACCGGCAACAACUAACUCACUCCACUUGUAUGCUCAGCUCCUAACUGUGGACCUUGAACGCUGAUGAGUUCAGGAAAGAACAAUUAUUUCUGUCAGUUCUUUGAAUGUGAUUUUGAGGGAUAGAAUAAAGUAAUAAAAUGAACACCUGGAAGGAGAGCCAGCAUGAAAAACAGUAGCUGAAAAGGUUCUCACACAAACACGCACGCACAGGAAUAAGGACCAGCGUAUUUUAUGCAUCAAAACACUUUAACAGAAUAUUGGAUAUGAAAAUAUUAAAAGGUGAGCUGCAAUACUUUAAAGCAGGGGUCCCCAACCUUUUAGGCACCAGGGGACUGGUUUCACGGAAGACAAUUUUUCCAUGGACAGGGGAUGGGGGUGGGGGGAUGGUCUCGGGAGGAUUCAAUCCCGUUAUGUUUACUGUGCAGUCAGACCUCUCUGCUAAUGGAAAUCCGUAUUUGCAGCCGCAGCCGCCCCCAGCGCUGGCAUCACCGCUCAGCUCCGCCUCGGACCAUCAGCGUUAGAGUCUCACAAGGAGCCGCAGCCCAGGCCCGCGCAUGCGCAGUUCAGGACAGGUUCCGCUCCUGUGAGAGCCUAAUGCCGCCGCUGCCGUCCGGGAGGCGGCGACGCGAGUGACCGGAGCAGCCGCAAACACAGACAGCUGCGCCGGCUCACAGCCCCCGGCCUCGCGCUGUGCGGCCUGGCUCCCACAGGCUGUGGUGGGCAUCAGUCUGCAGCCACGGCUUGGGACCACAGCUUUAAGGGACAGAUAUCAACAUUACCUGCAGCCUUGUGUUCUGCUAAGUCCAUGAGUUACACAUCACGCUGGCACAACUUUCCUAGCUUGUGAGCUAAUGGUUGAAACAUUAAAAUUCUCAAUCAUUUCCUCACCUUCUAAAAA